AAAAUCUUAUUUCUUCCUUUUGCCGCCGAUUAUCUCUAAGAUUUCUCUUAUCCAUUCCUUAUCCAUUCAAAGUUUGGAUAGCCCACAACAAAGAAGAGAUUUUCGGAUUUGAAGUUCUUAUCAAGAGUCGCAGAGGAUUUUCGAAGUUGAUUAAAGGUAUGAAUCUAGACUUGAAAAAGGGAAGAUGUGUAAAGGCUAGGGUAAUUUUAGGAUUCCAAAUUCAAAUAGGAUUAGAUUAUUAUCUGUAAUUUUGGGGAUUGGGAUUAGAAUUGAGAGUUAGAAAAAGGGUUGGAGUCCUCCCUGUUUCUGUAUAAAAGGGGAAGCUUCGGCUUUGAACGGGGAGGUCGAAAAUCGGGGAAAAAUUGGGGAAUCUGAGGAAGAAGAGAGGAGAGGAAAUUGGGGAAAAAGAGGGAUUCGAAGAUUGAGAGAAAGUGCAGCAACUUGUAACCAGAUCUUCAAGGAAAUAAAGCUUGAUCUUUUGUAUUUUUCAGAUUUCAAGUACUACUGUAAAAUUUGUAACAAGGGAUUUGGGUGUGGGAGAGGAUUGGGAGGCCACAUGAGGGCACAUGGAAGCGGCGGCGGCGGCGACAGCGGCCACAUUGACGACGAUGAUCCUGCCAUUGAUUGGGAAGAUCACAAAGUAGAAACCAACGUGUCACCGAGUAACAAACGCAUGUACGCUUUAAGAACAGACACUAACAGACUGAAAAGUUGUUGUCGGGCUUGCGAAAAUUGUGGGAAAGAAUUUUCAUCAUGGAAAUCUUUUCUUGAACAUGGUAAAUGCAAUUCCGAGGAAGCAGAAUCGUUGGUUUCCUUGCAGGCAUCUGACAACGACGAUGGUACGGCCAGGAGAGGGUGCGGAUGGUCUAAAAGGAAAAGAUCGUUGAGGUCUAACGUGGGCAAUGACUCUAAUCCAAUUUCCCCAUCAAGCGAGGAAGAAGAUCUUGCCAAUUGUUUAAUGAUGUUAUCUAGCGCAAAGGUUGAUCCUUCAUCAACGGAACCUGAAGAAUCUUGCGCUUCCGCUAGUAAAGAGGACGGGAGAAGGAACAGUCCCGUGAUGAAUUUCAUUUCUCCGAUUUCGUGUAAGGUUCCGAUGGCGAAAUCCAAGGGUGUCGCCAAAGGAAUGUUCGAGUGCAAAUCGUGCAAAAAAGUGUUCAACUCGCAUCAAGCCUUGGGUGGACACCGAGCCAGUCACAAGAAAGUUAAGGGGUGCUUCGCCGCCCGCAAGGACGACGAGGAUGAACACGACGUUAUUACCCACGAAGAGGUUAUUCCGGCAAAAUCAAAUUCAGCUAUGCAAUUUGAAACGGGAAAUACUUCGAUCGGACAAACCAAAAGAAAAUCGAAAGUUCAUGAAUGCUCGAUUUGUCAUCGGGUGUUUUCAUCGGGACAAGCUUUGGGAGGUCACAAAAGGUGUCACUGGAUCACGUCGAAUUCACCUGAUACAGCGUCAUUUGCUAAUAAGUUUCAUCAGUUUCAGGAUCACUUAGAGCAGAUUCAACAUCCGCCUAUGUUCAUUGAAAAUUCUCAACCACUUGAUCUUAAACUUGACCUCAACCUUCCAGCUCCAACAGCAGAAAUUUUUUUGCCACCAUGGAUAGCUACCGUGGCCGUCGACGAACAUCAACAACAACAGACUGAUCAAACUGACAAUGUUAAGAACAAUAAUUGUCUGGGAAAGGUGAAGUUGGCAAAAUUAAGUGAAUUAAAGGACAUUAAUGUCAGUGAAAGCUCAUCUCCAUGGUUGCAAGUUGGGAUUGGUUCAACUACUGAAGUCAUGGCUGAUCCAUGAUUUUUUUUUUUUAAUUUGACAUUUUUCUUGGUGUCUUUUUUUGGUGUAUUAUUUGAAUUUAAAUACUGUAAUUAUAGACUCAAACAUUUUUAUGUUUCAGAUCACUGUAUUUAAAUGAAAUUACUGAUAUUAA